AUGCACCCAGAUCAGCUCCCGAGCUAUCCUCUUCGCCCCGAGCAGCCGCACCGCCGCCCGUCGGCCGCCGCCGCCUUCCAGCAGCAGCAACUCAGCCCGGCAGCCGCCCCCCAUGCCGCCGGCCCGCUCGGAUUCCUGCCCGGCGAGCUCCACUCGGCCCCCCCCUUCUUCCCCAUCCUCACCCCCCCGCAAGCAGCCGCCGACCAGUCCGUCCAGACCGAGCAGCAGGUCACCGCCAUCCUCUCGCUCCCCCCCACCCUUCUCGCCAAGCUGGCCCGGACGCCAGACAUCGAGCUCCAGCAGCAGAUCCUCGAGCAGGAACGCUGCCCGGAAAUAUUCCCUGUCAUGGCCCUCUCCGCCCCAGAGCCGCCCUCGCCACGCCACGGCCCAGGCCCCCCCGCAGCCCCACCCCCAGCAGCCAACCCGCUCACCAAGGCCAUCUCCCAGCGGGCCAUCCCCCACCUGCUCCACCACGUCUUCUCCCCGUACUCCAACUCCAUCUUCAUCCCCGUCAGCGAGGCCGCCUCCUAUCCAGACGCAGACUGCCAGCCCUCCUACCGCAGCGUCGAUGACUGGGCCUUCCAGGUCGCCCGGCAGACCGCGGCAGCCUCGCCGAUCGACCAGCAGGCCACCGAGCACAUCGCCAGCCAGCUCAAGCAGUGGGCGCUCCACUCCCAGGACUCCCAGCUCGAACAACACGUCCAAGAGUCCAAGUUCAAUGCCGUCCUGCUUGCCGCCCAGGCCGAGGCAGUCUACCACUCCGCCCAGGCCCACCAGCAGCAGCCAUCCAGCCCGCUCCCAGACCUCACCCCCUACGCAGACACCUACAAGUCACAGCUGGCCUCCAUCGCCUCCGGCUACUAUACUCAGCUCCACAGAGAUGCGAUCCAGAAGCUAAAUGAGCCCUCUCGGAACAUCCCAGUUCAUUCCUCCCAAUCGCCCCUAACUCCGCUCAGCCUGUCUCAGCCUGCUGAUAUCCCUCAUCCCGCCAGUCAUACAUCCUGUACUACUCUUCUCGGCCCUCCCCCCGCUGCGGGUACUGCGCCGUCUGCCCUCCGAUCCGCCAAGGAUCAUCUGGCUCUCGAGCUUGCUCGUACCCAAACUCAAACACCAACAGCAACUCAGCAUACCAACCAUAACACUCAUUCUAUUCCACUUAUCCCCCACCCCGCCCAAUCCCGUCCUCACCCCCAGCCCAUCUCGGCCCAACGCCCGCCCAGCGCACUAUCCGGUUCCCUCCGAUCAACUCACACGUCAACCCCUCUGCUCAACAAUAGUCCCUGCACAUCCGCCGCCUCCAACCUCACCGGCCCACCACCACGCCCGACCGGAGCACACCAGCCCGUCCUUAACGAACCACCGAGUUACGUCAAUCAAGUCGAACGGAUCUGGCGAUCAGCACAAGAAGGACAAUGCACCGAGCGAGCCCGCGACUAUCUCCUCAGCUAUGCCCAUGCCGUCUACUCGAAAAAAGCCGACGAUCCUUGCCUGCUCCCACUGCUCCAUACCCUCAUCAAGCUACAUCCGAAACAUCUCCCGACUCUCUUACUCCUCUCCUGCGUCUAUUACUCCCAAGGUGACUAUGUCAGCUCUCUGUUCCACAACGAUCAGAUCUUAAUGCUGGAUCCAGAAUAUGUUGAAGCAAUGAGUAAUGUGGGGACCACCAAGCGUGCACUGGGGAAUUGGGCCGAGGCAGAAGAGUGGUGGUGGCGAGCGAUCAAGCUCAGGCCUACAUAUUUCGAUGCCUUCGAUAACCUUCUAGGCGUCUUAUGCAACCCCCAAUCGCCGCCUGUGGCUCAUGGAAUCCCUUCAGCCCAACCACCGGCCACACAACCCCGAUACAACGAAGCUUUACGCCUGUGUACGUUUGUAGAAACAGCUCUGUUUGGAUCUCUUGACGAACAGCUUCGGCCGAUCCGACUACCUUCAACGAUACCCCCCUCACACGUCCAUCGAGUACAAAACCUAUUCUAUGCCAAGGGCAAUCUCCUCAUCGCUAUGGGCAAGGCCAGCCAAGCCCGUCACGAAUACGAAAAAGCGCUCGAAGUGGUCUGUGGACCUCCGAUUCGCAAGUCAUCGAACUCCGUGUCCACUUCCGGUGGCGGAUAUGCUCUAAUCGACCUGGUCCUUGCCACCACUUCAAUCGGGAUCUUCAUGAUGGCCCUCAACGGUAGUGCAUCGGGCUCGAUCGCCGAUCCAAUGGUUCUCAAGGCCCUAUCCGCCACCGGGAUAUGGGAUCCAAGCCAAUGCGGCUAUCAGACCAUACUAGCCGAUCCGCUCAAAGCUGCCCAGGAAAGACGACAGAUCAUCAAGAGCAAGCUUCUCCAAAUGGGCGGUGGGAUCUUACCCUGCGUCUUGCUUCUCCCCGAAAGCUUGGAUCAACUGAUCGCGACGGUUUUCAACGCUUCCAAUCGUGUCCUUCCCGUCUUCCAAAACCAUCCACCUUCCUCCUCGAAUGGCGAGUCAAUCCGGAAUCCCCCGUUCCAGUCUGCCAAUCAAACUACUAGUACUGUCCUCCUCACACUCGCCAAAUGUUUUCAAGAUGCAAUCUCGGCUCCAAUGGGAAUUGGCGAAAACGAAUCAAGCGUCGACGGAAUCCCCCCCUCUUCAUCCUUGCUGCUAUCUCUCUACUAUAUCGCCAUCACCCUUCAUCCUUCCCCUUCUACCUGUAAUAACCUCGGUAUCCUUCUUUCAACCAUUCCCUCGACUCUGACACUCAACAAUCCUUCUCAAGGUCGCCGAGUCAUCAACGGCCAACAGAUCGCUCACACGUUUUAUGUUCAAGGUUUACAAAAGGACCGAAACCACCCCCACCUCUAUACCAACCUAGGAUCGUUGCUCAAAGACAUGGGUCAGCUCCCACAAGCGGUGUCAAUGUAUGAGAAAGCCGUCCAAUGCAACCCGAACUUCGACGUGGCGCUGGCCAACCUGGCCAAUGCCAUCAAAGACAUGGGUCGCGUACAGGAGUCAGUUCAGUGGUACGUUCGUGCGGUAUCAAUCAACCCGAAUUUCCCAGAGGCAGUCUGCGGUCUGGUGAAUGCGCUUGGCGGAGUAUGCGACUGGCGUGACCGGGGUGCGGUAGGGAGCGAACCGGUUGUGGACCGACAUGGCAAGCUACUCGGGCCGCCCUCCCCUUCUGCAGAUGGCAAGCUUCGGGCUGGUCUGAUGGGCAAAGUGUCCCGGCUAGUUGACAAGCAACUCGACGAAGGUAUGGCCUACGGACGAGGUGUGAUGAGACAAGCAGCAUCUCUCGACCAAUGGCUAGAAGCCAUUGCGAUCGUCAAAACUGGUCGGAUGGAUGGACUGAGUGAAGAGGAACGCAAGAAGUGGCGGUGCAAGUUCGAAGUGUUUUGUGGAUCGACUGCACAGGACUCCAGGACAGGCGCCGCUGGGGGUGCGGACCGGUACAACGAGGGUGGAUUCCUGAUCCGGUUGAUCGAGCGUUGUAACCGACAAAUUCAACGUCGGUGGUAUGUCGAUACUUACGGUAAGACCGUCAGUCUAACCAAAGGCAAGGCACCCGCGAUCGAGUUCCCCGUCAAUGGAUCCAUAAGCAACUACCGCCGACUAUCUCUCCCUUCAGCUUUACCGGUCCCCCCAGUGCCGACAGUGCUACCCUUCCACACGUUUACUUACCCCUUGACCGCACGAGAAUGCCGCCUAAUUUCCCAUCGCAAUGCCCUCCGGAUCUCUCUCACUACCCUCAACCAACCCUGGAUUCCACCUUCGGUAUACCCACCACCACCGCCGCCCUGUCCGGAAGUAGACGAACACGUAGAUCCGCCUGGUCUGGCUCGACUCCGGAUCGGAUACGUCUCCUCGGACUUCAACAAUCAUCCCCUCGCCCAUCUCAUGCAGUCCGUCUUCGGUCUCCAUAACCGUGCUAAGUUCGCCGUCGUCUGUUAUGCUACCACUCCCUCCGAUGGCUCUAUCUAUCGCAAGAAAAUCGAACAGGAAGUCGAAUCGUUCAAAGACGUUUCUGGCUGGAGUCACGAGGACGUUGUCAAAGAGAUCCUCAAGGAUCAUAUCCACAUCUUAAUUAAUCUCAAUGGAUACACGAAAGGAGCCAAGAAUGAGAUCUUUGCUGCCAGGCCUUGCCCCGUCCAAAUGGAAUUUAUGGGAUUUGCAGGAACUUUGGCCAGUGGAUGGACCGAUUGGAUUAUUGCCGAUCCCGUUGUUUGUCCCCCGAGGAUGGUCUCAGGGGAGCGGUGGAGGAAGCGGCAGCAUCUGAGCAAAUUAGAAUCUUUUUGCUCGUCCCACGACGGCCAGGAUGGACAAACAAAUGGCUCAUCUAUGCUAUUGAGAGCCGAAGAUGAAGAACCCCGGAUGGUCGAGCUGGUCGAUGAUGGGCCGACGGAUUUCGAUGGCGAUUUAGAUCCGGAAAAUAUGGAUGAAGAUUGGGUGUACACCGAGAAGUUCAUCUACAUGCCUCAUUCUUAUUUCGUAUGUGAUCAUAAGCAAGGAUUCCGGGAAGAGCUUGCGCAAGAUAUCAGUGGAGGGGUCGACCUGAACGGCGUUCCGCUGAACUUCAAGCGAGAACCACUACUCCCAAAACCGGUCGUCCGACCCUUGACUGCGCAUCAUCAACACCAACAACAGCAACAACAACCUGCUUUGCCCAAGGAGCUGGCCGGUAAAGAAGCUGAAUGGGAGACCGAAGAGUUCAAGCGCUGGAAGAUGAGGAAAGAAAUGUUCCCGGACUUGGACGAACAGACGGUGAUCUUUGCAAAUUUCAACCAGCUCUACAAGAUCGAUCCCCUGAUCUUCAAGUAUUGGCUCGAGAUCCUUGCCGCUAUUCCCAACUCGAUCCUCUGGCUCCUCAGGUUCCCUGCGCCCGGAGAGCCCCAUCUUAAGAUUACUGCCGAACGUUGGGCCGGUAGGGAAGUUGCUGGCCGGAUCCGUUUCACCGAUGUUGCGCCGAAACAUAUUCAUAUUCAGAGGGGAAGGAUUGCUGAUCUGUUUUUGGAUUCAACCGAGUGUAACGCGCACACGACGGCUGCUGACAUUUUAUGGAGUGGAACGCCGAUCCUCACCCUACCACGUCCGACGCAUGCGCAUAAAAUGUGCAGUCGGGUGGCGGCGAGUAUAGCUCUGGCGACCGGGUACGGCUCGCAGAUGAUAGCGACGAGCAUGGAAGACUACAAGGAACGGGCGAUCCGGUUCGGCCGGAGUGUUCGGUACGCGCCCCGGAUCACUCUGGCGGGCACGGAGGGAUACAUGUCGGGCGAGCUGGUCGAGGGCGGGUUGAUCGAGCUGCGGCAGCGGCUUUUCUUCAACCGGGAAAAAUCCGCCCUCUUCGACACGGUCCGAUGGACCCGUAACCUCGAGCGCGGGCUCUGGGAGGCCUGGGAGCGGUUCGUCCAGGGCGCGGAUUGCGAGGAAGGCGCGGAGUGGAAAUCGGCGGACUCGGCCGACGCCAAAGGAUCCUGCUCUAUCUGGGUCCAGGACGUCGACGACGACGGCCCUGAUCUUGUCGAGCUUCGCAAAGCUAGACUCGAACGUAGACAGUUCAUUGCCAAUGAAAUGCAGAACGAUCGGCCCGUUUCUUGA